AUGACUAUCGACGACCCUGCGUAUGUGCUGUCCAAGACUCAGUUCCUCCUGUGCCACACGCUGCCGCCGCAACGGAAUCGCUAACUCGUGAACCCCGUAGUCAAAACCAACAACUCCUCCUGCCUGCUCCCCUCACCUUCUUUCAUGCCAAAAUACCCUUCAAGUGGGUUCCCCUUCACGAGCACCCUUCUCCCUCUUGUCCGUUGAGAAUUGACCGCUUUGGUAGGCAUUGGCAACUGCGCUCGUUGCUGUGUUCGCCCGCCCCGAAUACCCUGUAUUACCCUACCGAUAACAACGUCUACUCCCUGAAUCCGGCAACUAGGAAACGCGAGAUCGUGGCCACACUGCCAUUCGGCCCGAGAUGUAUAGGCGCGAAGUACGGUUGGGUGUGCGCCGGUGGCGUUGAGAAUGGGCAGUUUGCUUCGAUACGUGUGAGGCGGCAGGACAAGAGCCCGGACCAACGACGGGAGGAUGAUGAAGUCGAGGAAGGGGAGGGAGCUAGGGAGUCUACAUCUGGGGGUCAAGGGCGGAUAGGCCCCGAUAUCAGAGUCAGCCAGUUGGGGGGGCUCAUUGUGAAUUCGGUUACCCUGCAUCGACCUCCCUCGUCGAAGAGUGAUGACGAUGUGUUGGCGGUCCUCACGUAAUUCAUCUUCUCACCCCGUGCCCUACCCGGUGACUGACGGUUUGCUUGCUCGGAUUUAGGAAUAACGACAGGACGGUACGGAUAUUCCAUCUGGCUCAAGAUAAGGUUCUUACGACGUUACAUCUGAGCAUUGCCACGAAUCAUGCCUCCAUAUCCCCGGAUGGGCAGCACCUGGUUGUUGUGGGUGAUUCGGAGAAGGUGUAUUUCUACCACCCGGCUUCUCCUGCCGGGUCGGGUCCGGGGACCCCCGGCACCGGGAUCGGAGAGGCCGGUGCUGAGUCUUGGGUUUUAUCAUCACAUCCUCCAUUGACCGCGGGAACGGAUGCCUUGAUUUCAACGAGUUUCUCCCCCUCCUCGAUCCUAUGCGCCGUGGCAUCACAGGACGGCUCUAUAACCAUAUUCGAUACCCGGUACCUAUGCCCUAACGCCUAUCCCGGGGGCCCGUCCCCCAUUGUCAAGAGAAUACCCUCUUCACGGCCAAAGACAUAUGCGGGUGCUGUCAGGAGCGUACAGUUUUCCCCGGCCCCUUGGGAUUUGCUGGUUUGGGCCGAGCAUUCUGGCCGAAUAUGCGUUGCGGAUGCCAGGAGUAACUUUAGCAAACGACAGGUUGUGGACAUUCUCGUGGAAAGGGAUGACUUGGUCGAGGCUGAGAUUCAAUCGGCUGAAGGGGAUGAUACCCCCCGUUGGCGCGGACGCGAGGGCGCCGCUAGCAGGAGGACCGCAAGGGACGAGGAAGCGGUUGAGGAGGAUUCCGUUACGGCUACGGCUGGGGAUGAUGAUGUUCACGCAUUCUUGAGUCAUCGAUUUAAUGAACUGUCGGAACUCGUUUCUAGAGUACGAGGGAAUUCUCACGAGUGGUGGGCAACCUCAGCAUUAAAUAACGCUCCUAGUUAUGCGACUCCUGCGCGUGCUCCGAAUUCUCCCUAUACUGCGGCACACCCGCUCACUCGUACAACGACAGCUCCCCAGCCUUCACAACCUAUCGCCACAACACAGCCGCCCAAUGCCCCUGCGGUCCCAACCACGCCCGCGCUUCUCCGUGAUUAUCGUGAACGACAACUUGAGCGUGAACGUGCGAUGAGACGAAAUUACGACCCGCCACGACGUCGCAAUUCCACCCACCCAUCAUACACUGACCAGUCCACAUCUACCUCGACACCUUCGGUGCAGUACCCGGUGCCCCUCCCAACCCCUCCUUACCCACCGGUGACUGAUGUGAGCGGGGCCCCACAAAGACUCACCUGGAGCCCAACUGAAACCCCAAGAACAUCACGGCCAAUCGAGGCAAGUCAGGUGGAUCACCAGCGAAACAGGGAGCAACUCAACCUGCUAAUCGCCGAGGAGCGAAGACAGAGCUACCUGAGGCGGCGCGCAGCAAGCAGUAAUGCGGCAGCCGGAAUUGCGGAUGAUGCGGGUGCCGGGUAUCGUGAGGACGGCGACGGCGUUGAUAUCACGGGCUGUACACUGAGCCGUGAUGGGAGCAAAUUGUACGUGACUAUUUUUUCCAUUUCCCCUUCCUUUCCCUUUCCAGAAUUGGUCACGGGGAGACUGCCCGUGUCAACAUGCUGGAGCAAUGCCCGGCGCUAACCCGUCCGUAGGUAUGUGGCCACCGACACUGGGAUAGUGGAAUAUCACGUCGACAUUGCUGGGCGAAAAGUGUUUCCUAGUUAUGCUCCUCGUUGAAUCCGGUUUCAUCCGUCCGUCCAUCCAUCACCACACCAAUUGCUCCUCGACCUUCCUGUGUGGGUAACUUUUUCCUUUUUCUCUCUCCCCCAAGUAUUCUCUUUAUGAGCCAUGACUUUAUCAGUUUUCAAUUAGCAUUUCUAUGCAUCUGGAUUUGACCCUGUCCUUGUUUUUUCUUUUUCCCUUUGAGCUUACUUUUUGUUUCUAUCACUUCAUACUCCUUCCCCCGAAGGUUGGCUUUGUUUUGGGUUUGGAAAGGUUCAUGGCGAAAAUGGUGAACGGAUUGGGAUUUCUUUUUUGGAGAGCGGUUUCUUCCUGGUCUCACUUUUUCAUGUCUUUGCCCCACUGCGUUAUCGGAAGGAGUGUGCAAAGUGGGGAGAUGGUUAUCUUUUUUGGUGUUGAUCAUAUCACAUUGUUUUUUGUCUCUGGUUUCCUUUCUCACUUUUCCCUUCUUGUGGGUGUUAUUCCUGGUAUUCCUCUGGCUAGCUGGAUGUAUAGGAUUAAUUGAUAUGGUGGAGGAGUGGAACUGGGUUACGGAACAAUAAAUGGAUGGAUGGGAGGGAACGUGAUCAGCUAGAUAUCCUAUCAUAUACAGUACCGGUAUGGUGAAGAAGUUUACAAUGGCCGAACUGGUCGUAGUGCUCGUUUCAUCAUACGAUGAUGAUAACGACGACGAUGUUCACUCUGGAGUGUUGUGGGGUCCCGUGGAUAAGAGGUUUAUCACCAUCACGAUACAUGUCUUGGGUAAAUCUAGGCAGGCGGUGAUCAUCCGUUAUUCCCGAUAGAUGAACCAGAGGACCGACCGAUCCACUUGCACACUACCAGCCAGCCAGCCAACCAACCAACCAACCAAAAACAACCCGAUCAUUCCAUGUUUUCCCGUUGGAAGAGGGAGAAGAAAAAUACUGAUAAUAAGGAAUCCACACACACACACGACAAAACAAGAAUGCCGACCCGAAACAUGAAUACA